AUGAAUAAUUCAAUUAAACCAAAAGACCCAGAUACAAGAGAGAAGCAACAUUCCUGUGAAGUCUGUGGUAAAUCAUUCAGACGUGUCCAUACUGGAGAAAAACCAUACCACUGUGAUAUAUGUGUUAAAUCAUUUAUAGAAAAUAGCACUUUAACAGAAGACAAACAAACGCAAACAGGAAAAAAGCCAUAUGAUUGUGAUAUCUGUGGUAAAUCAUUCUCACUAAGGAAUACCUUAAGUGAACACAAGCAUACGCAUACAGGAGAAGAGCCAUACCAUUGUGAUAUCUGUGAAUAUCACCUUAUGUUGACCCACAAGAACCUUCUUCAUUCAGAUGUGCCUUUCAUAUUUUGA